GACAGGGCAGGUGGAGGCGGUAGAAUCAGAGCUAGUUGCACAGAGUACCGACUGCCUACUCUAUGACUUCCUUUUACCUUCUUCCAGAGGAGGCAGCUCUCUAUGAUAGACAGCUCAGACUGUGGGGAUCCGUCGCUCAAUCCCGCAUCCGCCAGUGUCGCGUUCUCAUUGCUCCUUUCCAAGGUGGAGUAGCCAUCGAGACUGCCAAGAACCUCAUCUUGGCAGGAGUCAAGGAGGUCAUUCUACUCGAUGAUGGAGAUGUAGAUGGGUACUCUUUGACUGCUGGCUUUGUCUGGAGAGAGGAGGAUGUGGGGCAAAAGCGGGUGGAAGCCGCACAUGCUCGACUCUCUUCUCUCAAUCCGCAUGUCACAAUCACCACAGUGGUCAAGCCGCCUACCGCAGAGUCGAUACUUCGCUUCCUGACUGGUUCAGACAAGGUCCUAUCGGCAGUCGUGUACACCAACUCCAAUCCGUUCUCACCUUCCAGCCUCAGCCAGUCAUCACUCCAGCAACUCAAUGCCGAAUGCAGGUCAGCCAAAGUCAAGUUCCACGCAUCCUCUUCACAAGGACUUGAUGGCUGGAUCUUCCAAGAUCUUGGAGAUGAUCAUCAGUUCCUUGUAGAGCGCAAGAGCACACAUCGAGACGAGAAGAAUGCAGCAGUGGAGAAGACCUGGACAGAGCUGCAAGAGCAGAGUUUUGUACCUCUGACUGCAGCGCUGCAGCAUGAUUGGAAGGCCAGAAAUGCUAAUGCUGUCAAGAGGUCGCUGAAGGGUAGUGAGAAUAUGUGGGGAACAUGGGCCAUCUGGAAGCUGCAAGAGAGUGGCUCUGCUCAAGGUCCGGAGGACAUUCUCCCUUCUACUCUCCUGGCAACGGUCGAGGAGCUCAUGAAGUCUGUCAAACUAGACGUCAAUCUCUUGUGGUCCGCAGAAGGAAUUGACGCUCAGAAAUGGGCAGAGACCUUCCUGACCAAUGCUCUGCCAGUACACCCAACACAGCCCGCCGACUUUGCGCCCACGACUGCUGUUCUAGGCGGGAUCCUCUCGCAGGAGAUUCUCAACUCGGUCGGAGGGAGGGAGGCACCCAAGGUGGCUAAUUGGUUGAUGUUCUAUGGGUUGAAGGGUCAGGGGCCGGUCUUCAGCUUGGGUGGGCUGGGGGCGGCAAAGUCGAAGAUCGAGGGCAGCGCUGCCGAGGUUGCAGCGGCCUGAGAGACAGAGUAUAGUCGACUGCAAUGCCCGCCUUUACUUCCCCAUCAUACCCUGUUGGAUGAAAUGAUCUGGUAUCCCAUCUUUACAGCUUGCCAUGCGAGCAUCUGUCUGAGUGUACUGCUGAAUGAAGUCGC